UAUUUCUCGUCACUGCAUCAUAAUUCAUGGCUGAAAGAAACAUUUCUUUUUAAUGCCGCCAUCGUUUUUUGGGACCUUUAGAGUUCAUUCGUGAGUAAGAGGAGUAUAUCCAUUCUGACGGGUCUCCAGGAGGAAGUGCUCGGUGCCAGCGUCGAGCCAAGCGUGAAGUGCGUCACACCCGGCUGCAAGUGGCUCGAGAAGCGGACGUCCGAAGGCGUGCAAUGGAGACCCGAAGCUUGCGCAGACUUCUACGGACACGUGUGCAACGGCCGCGGGUCUCUCUACCACCGUGCCUCCGAGGACCUGAUGGUGGCCGUGGUGAAACACGCCCUCAAGAAUGCCACCAGGCACCAGGAAGGCGAGGACUCCGAGGCGUCCGAGCACGUCCGCAUGCUCCGGCACUGCGUCAAGGGCGACGGCGGCGCCUCUGACUUCGCUUUCGCUUGCGAUUUCAGCAAACUUGGUGGCACCUCCUCCCGCCCUUGUCCCACGGAUUAUCCACACGUUCCUCGCGCACUGUCCGAGCUGGUCUUCAAGCACGACACUGACGUCACUGUCGAAGAGUUCGUGUCUCGCGUGGAAACAACCGUUCGAGAACUCGACCUUCCCAUAACACUGGAACACAAAACGCCUAAAGGCAUAGAAGAAAGCCGUAUAGAAGAUAUCUGUAGGUGGCUAGCUGAUUCAGCGCGCUGCCAUCUCAGCGGGAAAUUCCAUGUUACCGGUGACAUCGUGACCCACUAUCAGACGCUGUGGAAUGAACUCUACUUUGCACCUCUCUUUGAAACAAACGAAGAAAGCGCGCUGUGGGAGUUGCAUGGCGGUGGAAAGAGUGCCCGCAAACGGGCCUGCACCCUCAUUCACGAGGGGCUCUUCAGGGUGCAAAGUAUCAACCUGGCCACGGCCGUGCUGGACAAGAGGAUGGGCGACGUCCAAGAUACGGCAAUGCGGGUUUUGGAUACCGUGCAGCACAUGCUGAGUCAGCGAGUGCCAUACUGGCUCUCCAGACACGAAGAAGACGAGCUUCUCCGCUACCAGGAGAAGCGGAGACCGGCAUACCUGGCCGAGCUGAAGGCAGUGGACGUGGAGCUGGCAGGACUAUCCGAGCCUUCAGCUCCUGACCUUGGAACGUCAGUCUUCUCCUGGAAGAUCAGGUAUGACCAUGAUCGAAACGUGCUGACCGUGCCUCACGGUCUCAUGGCGACCAUGGUGGAGAGUGACGUGGAAGAGCCUGUGCUGGUGGUCCCUGUUUCGGCGCCCAUUAUGCGUCUCCUGCUGCCACAGCCGGAGGGACCGUACUCCUGGAAGGACGCUCACGACCAGCACCUUGCCUACGUUACGGAGUGUUUCCGGUCGGUGCACAACGCCACCUUGGACGUCGACGGCAACGCGACUCUCCUCAAGGAGCUCAUCUACGAGUCCGCGCUUCUCGGCCCGCUGUUCGACGUCUACCGCAAGACCAUCUUCGAGAACUUCGACGGGGAGGUCUACAUGCACGAUCGCUACGACAACUGGCAGCUCUUCUACGUCAUCUGGACCAUGACGCACUGCGGUGACCCGCGGAGCGCCGACUUGGUGAACGCGGUGCUGAGGAACUCCGUGCGUUUCACGCGGAGUUUCGACUGCGGACUCAAGGACGCCAUGUAUCAGAGAAGGAAGUGCAACUUCUGGGUUUACUGGUGACCAAUAAGACACGGUGCCGCUUGUUAUGUGUACUGUGUCCCUUUAAUGUGAGCCCUUUCUUAGACGUUUUAUCCAGUCUCGCUUCCCGUUUACUUUGUGUAGUCUUAAAGUUUUGUUUCAUAAUAUAAAAACAAUGUCCCGGUGCAUGACCCUGCAAACUUGAAUUGGCUGUGCAAUAUUAUCAGCUAACUUUACUGUUUAAAGUAAAUGUGCUGUUAUUAUUGAUCUUAUAAUAUAUGCUAUUGAUUGCCUUAGUAUAACUCAGGCUCUUAACUAUGCCUACCGGAUUUAAUCGGACCUAGGCCGGCAUUGAUUCUACGCCGUCCUCCACGAUUCGGAAGGUCAGAAAAUAAAAACACAAGCUGCUAUCGAAUGGAAUCUGACCAUAAUGAAUUGCUAACGACAGCGGCCACAGAAAGCAAAAACACGUUUCACCAAUGUCCAAUACCAGCACCCACGCACUUGCCCCAGCUCGCUGCAGGCAACACUGUACCGACACCACUCGUCGAUGCCAUUACGUGAGCCUCUCCGUCCACUGCGCAGGGGCGCUGGGUGGCUGAACGACGCGUGGAGGUAAGGUAACGUGAAACGGCAGCACGAGGUAAAUAAAGCAAGUCGCCAGCACCCGAAGUGGUGGCAACGUAGGUAUUAAAGUCGAAGCGAGAUUGCGUCUCGGCGCGAAACACGAGG